GCGCUUGGCCAGUGUGUCUGGGAGCACAGCGGAGAGGCUCCUCUCUUACUGUACAUGACUUCAGCUGUCAGAAGGAGUUGGGGUCAGGUGGGGGGCUAAGCUCUUGAGAGGUGGAGAGGAAGGCGAGUAAGUGAAAGAGCGCACAGGAGCGAGUGUGCGUGUGUGUGUGUGCGUGUGUGUGUGUGUGUGUGUGUGAGAGAGAGAAAAAGAAAACUGCAGAAAAAAACGAAACCAUGAAUAACUGCAAAAAGACCAUGAGAGCCGGUCACUUUGGAAUGGAGAGAUGGAAACCCAGAUAGUGUGCCUGUUCCACUCAUUCUCUUUCUCCAGGAGAAAUUGUGACACAUUUCUUUUCAGCUGUUAGCGUUAAAUUUUCGACUUCAGCUUGUGAGCUCACAGAGCAUGAUUUGGAUGAGAAGCACCCCAUGGAAAAACUUUAGCAUCAGAGCCGGUUGAAGACAUAUCAUUUUGACGAAAAGUGUCACUGUUUGAGAAGAAAAGCGGGUUUGCAAGAGGAGAAAUUUAGAGAAGAGUGACAAACCACAAAUAAGAAGACGCCUUACCAGAGCAUGAUAAAUUGAUAAAACUAUCACUAAAGUUGUACAUUUUAAUUUCGUAUUUUCUGGGGUCAGUUUUUUUUUUUUUUUUGCCUGUUUUCUUUUGUCUUUCAAACAUAAUUUUUGUUUGGAGCAGCGAUGGGAACGGGGCUGAGCUUCAGGAAACCAGGGUCAUGUAAAAGGAAGAGGACCGACGCACGUUAGUGUCCCCACGGCCGAUCAAGAAGAAAGGAAGGAGACAAGGGAGCGCGACGGGACGGCGGGAGGAAGGAACGGCCAAAACAUGAGUUUGCCAACAAACUGUAUGUUUUUUCCCCCUGCUGACCGGGCUUUCAAGGUGCGGCAUGGAAAUAUCUGCGGCUCGCCUUAUGCUGUCAACCGGCCCAUCGACAUCAUCCAAAAGCGCAGGCGUUUUGAUGUUGAGAAUGGGCUAUCAGCAGGCCGCAGCCCCCUGGACCCUCAGGCCAGUCCAGGCUCAGGGCUUGUCCUACAGGCCAACUUUCCACACAGCCAGCGGCGGGAGUCCUUCCUGUACCGCUCUGACUCCGACUUCGACCUCUCACCCAAGGCCAUGUCCCGGAACUCCUCCACUGCAAGUGAAUUGGAAGAGGGCUUGAAGUACUGGGAAGUGAGCUGGCUGGCUCGGCAUGGAGAAGACAUGAUUGUAACACCAUUUGCACAGGUCCUCGCCAGUUUGCGAACAGUAAGAAGCAAUUUUGCAGUGUUAACUCACCUGCAGGAUCGUGUAGCAAGCAAGAGAUCCUCGAGCAGCAACCCACCAUCCAUGUGCAAAUCAAACCUUCCUGAGGAGGCCUACCAGAAGUUGGCCAUCGAGACUCUGGAGGAGCUGGACUGGUGUCUGGACCAGCUGGAAACGCUACAGACCCGGCACUCAGUCAGCGAGAUGGCCUCCAAUAAGUUUAAAAGGAUGCUUAACCGAGAGCUCACCCAGCUGUCAGAAACCAGCCGGUCUGGAAACCAGGUGUCAGAGUUCAUCUCCAGAACAUUUUUAGAAAAGCAGCAUGAUGUGGAGAUCAUGUCACCUACCCCUAAAGACAAGGAUAAGAAGAAGCGUCCCAUGUCCCAGAUCAGUGGAGUGAAGAAGCUGGUCCACAGCCCUAGUCUGGCCCCCUCCAGCAUCCCCCGCUUUGGUGUCAGCACAGACCAGGAGGCCCUGCUGGCCAAGGAAUUUGAAGAUAUAAACAGAUGGGGACUAGAUAUCUUCAAGAUAUCAGAAUAUUCUGGGAACCGCCCACUGACGGUUAUAAUGUACGCCAUUUUUCAGGAAAGAGAGCUGCUUAAGUCUUUCAAGAUCCCGACAGACACAUUCAUCACAUUUAUGAUGACACUGGAGGACCAUUACCAUUCUGACGUGGCUUACCACAACAACAUCCAUGCUGCUGAUGUGGUCCAGUCCACCCACGUCCUUCUCUCUACCCCUGCCCUUGAGGCAGUCUUCACCGACCUUGAAAUCCUGGCUGCCCUGUUUGCCAGUGCCAUACAUGACGUGGAUCACCCAGGCGUCUCCAACCAAUUCCUCAUCAACACAAACUCUGAGCUGGCACUGAUGUACAAUGACGCCUCUGUCCUGGAGAACCACCACCUGGCAGUGGGCUUUAAGCUGCUGCAAGAAGAGAACUGUGACAUCUUCCAGAACCUCAGCAAAAAGCAGAGGCAAUCACUGCGCAAGAUGGUCAUUGACAUGGUCUUGGCCACUGACAUGUCCAAACAUAUGAACUUGCUGGCUGAUCUGAAAACUAUGGUUGAGACAAAGAAAGUGACGAGUCUGGGAGUGCUGCUGUUGGACAACUACUCCGAUCGCAUUCAGGUUCUGCAGAACAUGGUGCACUGUGCUGACCUCAGCAAUCCCACCAAGCCACUGGAGCUGUACCGGCAGUGGACUGACCGCAUCAUGGUGGAGUUCUUCACCCAGGGAGACCGGGAAAGGGACAAGGGAAUGGAGAUCAGUCCCAUGUGUGACAAACACAAUGCAUCCAUUGAGAAGUCCCAGGUAGGAUUUAUUGACUACAUUGUGCACCCACUGUGGGAGACAUGGGCAGACCUAGUGCAUCCAGAUGCACAGGAGAUCCUGGACAUGCUGGAGGACAACCGCGAGUGGUACCAGAGCAUGAUCCCUCACAGCCCAUCUCCCAGCCCUGAAGACCAAGAGAAGGAGGAAAGCGCUGGGGGCAUCGAAGGCAGUGCUAGUAGCAGUGCUUCUGCAGGGGACAAGUUCCAGUUUGAACUGACCUUGGAAGAAGAAGGAGAAUCAGAUGUGGACAGCCCCCCUGAGGACCAGCAGCUCACAGCUGACACGGGGGGACCCUCCAGGACUUUUGCCCGCAGCCAACCCAAGCCCACGUCCCCCCCCCUGCAACACAGCCCACGACUCGCUUCCAGAACCGGCCAAAGACCUGGCCUCAGGACGUUGUCCCCAGAAGUGGCAGUGGAAGCGGAUGAUGGAGAACUGGACCAGGAAGGAGACACAGUGUCCAGUUUAGCACGUGACACGUAGCAACGUCUCAAACGGUUCCCCUCUCCUGGCAUGUGCUGUGUGGGCCUGGCAGUUGUGCUGGGGAGUGUGGCAAUGGGGGGAGGUUAGAAAAUAGGGAUGUGCUUCCAGCCAGUCCUCAGACAACGGUCGCCUUACACUGGAGAUGCCUCUGAAGAAAGCCCUCUUUCUUUUUUUUAAUCUUCCUGAACAAAAAUAGUAUUUUUUUGCCAGACAGUUCUUUUUAUACCCUUUUUCCAUAUAGUUUUUUUCGUGGGGGAAUGGUGAGAGUUUUGGACUUAGACUGCUGUAUUUGGCUGUUAGUUUACUCCCUGAAGAUUCAGCAAACCAGUCACACUAUGGUCUACUGACAGAGCAAGGAAUUCUACUGAAAAAAACGUCUUCCUUUAAAAGACCGCAUGACGUUGGUAGAAGAAGAAAAAGAAGAGGAAAAAAUAAUUGUGACAGGGAAUGAUUUCACGAAAGAACUGUGUAUGACUUUCAUUUAAAUUGCCACAUUUUUGGUUCUUUGUUUAGCAUCUAAAAAAUAAUUUGAAGAACGAUCCGUAAAAUGCAACGACAGUUUUACCAAAUAUAUACCUGAUAGAAGAAAAAAGCAUGUCGAUAACCUCAGGGUAUGAAGAAAAGAAUAACAUUUUAAUGUAGCAAGGACUUCUUGGUAGCCCUUUAACCAGAUAGUGUCUCUUAAAUUUUAGUGUGCCUGACAAGUUUUUAUAAGACUGUGCAUUACAGAAGUUUCUUGAACACUGAACAAAAGGAAAACAGAGUGAUUCUAUGUGUCUGGCGCCCUCCAUUGUAUAUUCUUUGAACAUCACUUACUGUAAAAAACCCUAAAGCAAUAUUUCAGCAGUAAAAUCUCCAAGUGUGUGUUCACAUGGCAUUUGUAUACACACAUUAGGAGACUUUAUCGUUAAAAUAUUAUGAUAUUCAUAGUAUUUCUCCAGAUGCAUAUUUUUCCUGGAUUUGGUUAGUUUCCGGGUACUCCAUUGAAGAAAUUUGUUUAGGAAAAAAAAUCACUUUUGUACAAUUGUUUUUCAUGUGACACUGUCGUUUUUUUUGUCUGAUUUUGGUUUGAUUCCAGAUGAUUUAACUGUGUUCUGAAGAUGUUAUACUUGGAUGCAUGUUCUUGUCCUUUGUGUGUCUGUCGGUGUGUUAUUUAGGCUGCUUCCAUUUCAGCACAACCUGAACUGCGAACACACUCAACUGAGCUUGCAAGGGCUUGAGCCAAACUACUGUAUGUCCACAAAGAAGGCAGCUGGCUACCCAUAGGCAAUGAGAAGAGCUUGCGGUUUUCCUGGGAAACAGACAAAGGUGGGGAGAGGGGCUGAGCUUUUAGUGAACAUGAAACCAAAGUUGUACAGGUUUGCAUUUUCAACUGAAUCUCCAGGUUCUUCUGAUAACAAACUUCUGAAUGCUUAGCUGAAUGUUUUGCAGUUAAACGUGUGAAGAUUUAGACAAUGUAAAAAUGUAUUUUUUGCAGAAGUCAAUGUACACACAGCUGACAUGUACAUUAUGAUACGGGAUAGCUUUUCUGCCAAGUUGUUCUUUUCGUUUUGCUUUUUGUUAUUAUUUGGCUUCAUGUUCUUCUUCCCACAGAUGCCAAUCUGAUGACAUUGUAAGUGCCAGACGAGAACAGUACAACACUGUAAUCUCUGGUGGCCAUAGGGCAAUUUCCAUUGAUCGUUACACUAUUGACAAUUUAUUUCACAGCACAGAUUUUUAAAAUGAGCUUCCCCUCCCCUCCCAUACCAAAGCCAAACACAUACACCUGUUAUACUGGAUACUUUUUGAGAAUAUAUUUAACUGAACAUAAUGAAGUGACACCUUUGGUUUAUGUCAGAUCUAGGUGGAAGGGGUAAACCAUGUUUAUUGUAAACAGAAAGUAAACAAUUGUGGUUAAUAAUGUUUGUAAAAACAAAAAUAAUGUAUGAUAAAUUAAAUAUUUAAACACUUUUUGAUUGUAUCUAAAAAUACCGAAUGAGGGUUUUUGCCUUCAUUUCAUUUUAAUAUUUUAGACGAUUUAUCUGUUGGCACAAACAAUAUAUACUUGUACAAUCAAGAGAAUAUGCUGGCAAUGAAGGUAUUUUGAGAUUGAACUUGCAUUGCGGUAUUCUAUCCCAUCAGCUGUCCUGUAAUGAACACUCAAACAUCUUAAAUUUCAGAGCCUUAAAUUUCAAAGAGAAAUUUGACUCCACGGAGGAUACAGACCACACAUUUCCGAGUGCCAUACCGCCUAUAAGUUCUGACAAUCAGGAAACUAGCCAAGCAGUUUGUUUGUCUCUGACUCAGCUCUGGAGCAGUGCCAUACAGUUGGAAACCAUUGUUUCAUGUAUUUAUGCUUUUCCUUUCUUUUCGUUUUGCAGCAUAUGCUAUUUAUUCUUUACACUUGUUGGUCUGAAGUACUGUAAAAAGACCUUAUGUCCUGUCUUUAUGUCUUGGAGCCUAAGAACUGAAGUGUACCUUCCAGAAAAAAGGAACAUAUAUCCACUGCAACAGCUCCGUGUUAUUAGUGUUUCUUUCCAUUUUUCUUACCUUUACAAAGCCAAAAGUUUCCAUAAUUCAGGUUCUUGAGAAAAAACAUAAAUUCAUCAAUAAAAAAAAACUGUCCAUGUUUUCUUUUUGUUCCAUUGUUGUGUUUUUUUGUGGUCAGUAUGACUGCU